GAUGAACACAAAUACACAGACUCAGACAUUGAAACAACCUGAUAUUUUAGAAUUUUCCGCUCCCCCUUUCUUUGCUGCCGCACCUGGAUUUAUUUAUACGUUGUUGACCUCGUACCCCGACUCACUGUGAUCUCUCUGCCAAGCUUUUUAAGCAUCAGAUCAGGAAGCAUUCCUCCCUCUGCGCCUGUGAUUUUUAGAUCAUAAGUACAUUCUUACAUCACUCGAGUAAACAAAAAUGGCUUCGUCUGCUCCUGCACCACGUCCCGUACUGUUGGGCGAAGUCUUUCCUGACUUUGCAUGUGAAACCACGACAGGUAAUUUUACCUUCCAUGAGUUCCUUACCAGUGACGAAAAACGGCCUUGGACAGUGCUCUUCACGCACCCCAAUGAUUUCACACCUGUCUGCACUACUGAACUGUCUUGUGCGGCAGGGUUGGAGCACGAAUUUAACAAACGAGGAGUAAAGAUGAUUGGACUGUCUUGCAACACAGUAGAGAGUCAUGGGAAAUGGACAGAGGACAUCUUGAAGAUGGACGAGGGGACGAAAUUUUAUGAGAAGCCAUCAUAUUAGAAUCAAUCUGUGACUGUCGUGCGUGUGGUGCGUCGUAGCUAAAACUAUGGAGGUUCUGAAAAAAUCCAAUGGCAUGCAGCACUACAACUGCAAUGAGUACUGCAACUUUUCUCGAAAAAGCACCUAGGCACUUACUUCUAGUUUUACUGAUCUCUCAACGAGACUGACACCUCCCUCUAACAGUCACCAUCGUGCUCAACCUUGCCGUUUCCUAUUAUCGCUGAUUUGGAUAGAGCUAUUGUGACGAAACUAGGCAUGUUGGACCCAGCUGAGCAGAGCGCAGAAGGUCUUCCUUUGCCAGCUCGUUGCCUCUACGUUAUCGGACCAGAUAAACGCAUGAAGCUGUCAAUCUUGUUAUGUUGAGGUCGAUUAUAAUCAUGAUCAUGAUGUUCUGCUCAGAAGUUUAUUGUCAUCGGAAAAUACACUGAUAAUGAUGAUGAAAUUCAAAUCCGUCGAUAUUAGAUACUUGAUCCAAAUCUAUGUCCUCUACUUACCACUUUCAUACCCAUAUCCCGCAACGACUGGUCGAAACUUCGAUGAGAUCUUGCGCGUCAUUGACAGUUUGCAACUGACGGCAAAGCAUAAACUUGCAACGCCUGUCAAUUGGCGAGCUGGGGACAGACUAGUGGUCACGCCAGCACUGUCAAGCGAAGAUGCACAGGCGAAAUUCAAGAAUUUCGAAGUCAAAAGUUUGCCCAGUGGGAAAGAGUACUUGAGGUACGUGGAUGCACCGACGUCGCCGUGAAUACAUAGUAGCGGUAUCAUGUGGAAAGGUAGUUGCAUAUUACCCUCGUAUUUUAAGGGGCGUAAACAAGGUUGGAAAUGUAGAAGAGUUAAGAGAACGUGAGUCAAAAGCUUAGCGAUUAUGAAGAACCUUGUCCCUAUCUUCUGAUCACUUUUAGCACUACAAUGCAUAUGAUUAUGUCGUAGAGUAGCCUCAGAAAAAAUUAUUAAGCGUAGCUUAAAUCAUCGGUUUACUCUUGUUGGUGAAGAGUGUCGCACAGAAGUGGAGACUGAGCGCUUGCUAGAGGCAUCAACCUUCUAGCGCGUUGGCACACAGUCGAUAUUCUGCUUUCUCCUGAUACUUGCACUGGUCUUGGAAGAGUAACCUCUUUUUAGGCUAAAAGUGACAAGUUAGCGCAUAAUUAAGUAGAGGGCGAGGCGCACAACUCAAGGGCAUACUGGUGAAUCUGAAAGGGAGUGGAAAGAGACACCGAGAAGUCACAUGAAGUUGCUACUUGUUUUUUGAAGCUAUAAAGAUAGUUGAUGUUGUACCAGAUGAACUAAGUAGGGUGGCUGUCAAGAAGGUGGUGACGCGUAAAUCUUCCCUUUAUUCGUACAAAGUGAAAGAAGCAUUUCUUUGGGUACUAAGUCGAGAAAACCUUAAAAGCUAGUCUUGUUGGAACGUGGAGCCGUUUGAUUCUAACAUGAUUUUACUUCAUCAGAAAUUGAAAUUACUUUUAGGCUGGCCUAAAGGAAGGCAAGGAAAAUAUGGGGUUGUUGAGGGGUCAGUCUAUUUUCGUUGUAUAAAGAAAACUUAUAUAUCAGCCGGUUGAAAGGUUGACUCUUGAGGCGGGACGAACUAGGCACGUGCAAACUUUUUUGAGGGUGAACGUGUUUCCGUAGAGAUCCAUGUGAAGAAAAACCCGACUGCUCACAUCUACAAUUUGCUGAGCUGCUUUUUCCUCACUCCGAAGUGACAUCUUUGUAGCUCAGCGAGGAUAGAAAUCGAUCGAGCAAGAAGUAUCAAGCUACGAGAGUAAAAGGUUAGUAGAAGUCCGAUCUCCACGGCAUAUAGAAGAGUGCUUUUUAGUACCGGGAUC